CAGCUCUUACUCUGAAAAGCCGCGAGCGAAGCUGUGGAGCGGAAGUGAAGGAGAAGCGCACAAGGCUCUGUUUGUUUUUGUUUUUGCUGUUCUUGUUUGGACCCACCUGCGGACGGGUGCCACCAGAACCCGAACCAUAAAUCAUCAGAUCAAAGGUUUCUCCAGUCAUGGCUCUGAUCUCCCUGGAAGACCUCGACGGAUUGGACGAUGAGCAGCUGGACGAUGACAUCACCGACAACCCCGAGCCAAUGGAUGAGGACGACUCAGGCCGCCUGCUGGCACACUGGCAGGCCGUCGCCAGCACUCACCAGGUCUCAGUUCCUACAGAAAUGACCGGCCCAAUCCAAGAAAUGACUCGCAACCGCCAGCAAAGAGAGCCUCUUCCUUUUGCCACCAUCUCCAGCCACGAGAAGAUGGGGGAGGUGCAGUAUGAGGAGCGGGUGUACCCAGCAGGCUACUGGGCCUGCGUGACCAGAGGGGAAGACCUAUAUGAGCAGAGUAUCUCGAUGGGCUUCAUGAAACUGAUGCGCUACAUCUGUAAAGAGAACUCCGCAGGUAGAUACCUGGGGAUGACGGUGCCUGUGAUCAGUAACGUCCACAUGAUGGCGGACGGGGUCACGUUUGAGAAGGACGUGGAGACGGCGUUCUUCCUGCCCGCCGAGCUCCAGAGCAACCCCCCGCAGUCCUCCGACCCCGAAAUCAGCAUCGUCUACAGGGAGCCGCUCAGAGUGGUCUCCAGGGUCUUCUUAGGGACGACCACGGAGGAGACAGUUGGCCGUCAGAUCAGUCUGCUGUGGGAGAUUCUCGGUGUGGGUGAAGACCUGCGGCGGGAUCAGUACAUAGUCGCCGUGUACGAGAAUCCCAGUGUGCCGCGCCGCAGGAACGAGAUCUGGUUCAUCCGCCGCAGCCUGUAGGCGGCCCCAUCCCCAUCCCCACCUCCCAUCAUGCCCUGCUCCUUCCUCUCGUCCUCCUCUGAUUGGCUGGUCGGUUCUGUCUGACCACAGAGGUGGCGUUCAUUCUGUCGAACUGACCAAUCACUGACACUGAGACACACCCUCUCCCAUCAGCUCACACCUCACAGGAGACGUCUGUUCUGAUUGGCUGUGACAGGCGAUGAUGUCAUGAGCAGGAACUGUGACUCAAUUUUUCCCCCACGAGAUAAUUUCAGAGACCCCGCCCACUUUAGGUGAGGAGGCGUGGCCUGUGGGGGAAAAAAGCUGAGUCAUGUAUCAGCAGCAGGUCUGUGUUCAGUUUGAGAUGAUUAUUGUAGUGUGUGUGUGUGUGUGUGUGUGUGUGUGAGUGUGAGUGUGAGUGUGUGUGUGUGUGUGUGUGUGAGUGUGUGUGUGUGCGCGUGGGAGAACAUAUUGUGAGUAACAUACACAGAUCUUAUUGCUUACAUAAACUUUUAUUACUUGCACAAAUCACCGAUCUUAUUCUACUCCACAAUUUCAUGACGAAUAUGGAAAUGAAACGUUUAUACAUGAAACUCGUCACACAAAUACAAAUUUGACUCCGUUGAAGACCUGAACAUGACGGUGCUUCAGUUUCAUCCACUACUUUUAUUUGUGAGUGACCAAACCAGCAUUUCAUGACGUGUCGUUCAUUUUGAGGUUUAUUGAUGAUCUUAAGCUGCUUUCAGAGCCGAUUCAGCUUCUGUAACGUGUUUGGCCGAUCAGCAGAUUUUUACACAUCGUGUUUUACCAGAUCGCUGCACUCAUAGUCUGUGAUAACUUGUUUUUUACAGAUUCGGUUACAGCUGAAGAAAAAAACUUAAAAUCUCCUAUAGUUUUAAAAAAAAUGUACUAGUGAGAAAAAUGAAGUUUUGAUCCUCAGGUCAAACCUAUGAAACGAGUGAUUCGCCAACAGUUUGACAUCUCAAACUGUUUAUUCUCAGGUUGAAUCUGUUUGAUUCAGUCACACAAGAAGUACAAGGUUGCUUUUCAGAAUAUAGAAAGAAUUUUUACAGUAUUUCUCUGAAGUAUAUGAACCAAUGAGAUUCAAAGGGAUAUUUUUCUGCAACAGAGCUGUGUUACAGUGGAUCGCACAAAAGCAACAGGAUGGAAAACAUUGGUUUGUAAGAUGACUGUGAUCUUGACUUUGAGGCGGAGCUGCAGCAGAAACGUCCCCUCAUUCCCCCUGUCAGUGGUUACCAUUGCCUCGAGCCUCUGCUGCCCCCCCCCCAACCCCCCCCAUGGUGGUGGAACUGCUGCUGUGAUGAGGGUGAUGAUGAUGAUGAUGAUGAUGAUGAUGAUGAUGACAAUCGUCCCGCUUUUCACGGUCAAACUGUUUUAUCGUGUUUCCUUCUGCUCCAACAUUUCUGUAACAAGAUCUGACGUAAAUAAAAUGAUGAAAAG